AUGUUAAUGUACCAAUGCCAUGCCGUUGCUUUUACCAAUGCUGAGAUUGAUGGUUUUGGUGGGACUAGAACCCGUGACAUAAACCGUGGAAAAGAAGCCGAUGCAUCGUUUCGUCCGAUGAAACCAGCCAUAACCGCACCAUAUGGAAGCGAUGGACAUGAUUGUCCUUGGCCAAAUUUGGUCGUGGAAGUAGCCUAUUCUGAAACAUUAAAUCACGCCAAAGAAGCUUUAAAAUAUUGGCUAAGUCCUGGUCGCGCCCACGAUUGUAUUAUUGUAAAAAUUGAUCCUGUCUCCCAAGGCCAAAUACCAGUCCGUAUGAGGGCUUGGCAUUAUUGCAUAGAAGAUAGAAGGACAAUCAAUACAAUUCCACAUAGAACUAUGUUUGAAUUCGGUACACAGGAUGGCACAGGAGCUCCAUUAAAUAUUUCGCAAGGUCAAUGCAUUAUUAACAUAUCAUUACGCUGUCUUUACCAUGAUUUGAUGCCUCCUGCCCAAAUCCCUCAAACCCUUAAUGAUCCCAUUCAACUGGACUUUUACUUUGCUCAACGUGCAAUCGCUCGAGCGUAUAUGCAUAACAUUCAUUAG